UACAAAAUGGUCUUACCUCACGAACCUGAAUUUAAACAAGCUUACGACGAAUUAGUUUCUGCUUUAGAAGAUUCCACUUUAUUUUCCGAACACCCAGAAUAUAAAAAAGUUAUUCCAGUUGUUUCAGUUCCAGAAAGAAUUAUCCAAUUCAGAGUGUCUUGGGAAAACGAUAAAGGGGACAUUGAAGUUAACAAUGGGUUCAGAGUUCAAUUCAACUCUGCUUUAGGUCCAUACAAGGGUGGUUUACGUUUCCAUCCAUCAGUUAAUUUAUCUAUUUUGAAAUUUUUGGGUUUUGAACAAAUUUUCAAAAAUGCUUUAACUGGUUUAUCCAUUGGUGGUGGUAAAGGUGGUUGUGAUUUCAACCCAAAAAACAGAUCUGAUGCUGAAAUCAGAAGAUUCUGUGUUGCCUUUAUGAGACAAUUGGCUCGUUAUAUUGGUCAAGAUACUGAUGUUCCAGCUGGUGAUAUUGGUGUUGGUGGUCGUGAAGUUGGUUUCCUUUUCGGUGCUUAUAAACAAAUGCAAAACAACUGGUCUGGUAUCUUAACUGGUAAAGGUUUAUCUUGGGGUGGUUCUUUAAUCAGACCUGAAGCCACUGGUUACGGGGUUGUUUACUAUGUUGAAAAAAUGAUUGAAAAAGCUACUAAAGGUCAAGAAUCUUUCAAAGGUAAACGUGUUGCCAUCUCCGGUUCUGGUAACGUUGCCCAAUACGCUGCUUUGAAAGUUAUUGAAUUGGGUGGUACCGUUGUUUCUUUAUCUGAUUCUAAAGGUUCCAUCAUUUCUCAAAAUGGUAUUACUCCUCUUCAAGUUGAAGAAAUCACCGCUGCUAAAGUUAAAUUUAGAACUUUGGAACAAAUUAUCCAAGAAUCUGCCUCUGCUUUCUCUGGUUCAAACCAAGUUAAAUACAUUGCCGGUGCUCGUCCUUGGACUCAUGUUGGUCAAGUUGAUGUUGCUUUACCUUCUGCUACUCAAAAUGAAGUUUCUGGUGAAGAAGCUAAAGCUUUAGUUGAAGCUGGUUGUAAAUACAUCGCUGAAGGUUCUAAUAUGGGUUCUACUAAAGAGGCUAUUGAUGUCUUUGAAGCUAACAGAUCUGCUAAUGUCUGGUAUGCUCCUGGUAAAGCUGCCAACUGUGGUGGUGUUGCUGUUUCUGGUUUAGAAAUGGCCCAAAACUCUCAAAGAGUUACUUGGACUGCCGAAGAAGUCGAUACCAAAUUAAAGGAUAUCAUGUACACUUGUUUCGAAAACUGUUACACUACCGCCACUAAAUAUUCUGCUGGUAAGGAUGCUUCUGGUUUACCAUCAUUAUUAAAGGGUGCUAACAUUGCUGGUUUCAUUAAAGUUGCCGAUGCUAUGUUUGACCACGGUGAUGUCUUCUAA